AUGGAAGAAUUCGAAAGAAAGAGGCAAAUCUUACAGGCUGCAGUGAAUGAAGAUGAGAGAAGAGCAGCCAGAGCAGACCUGAAUAAACUUGGAGGAGGAAAAGACACAAAAAACAAAGAUAAGAGGAAAGAUAAGAAGAACAGGAAAGAGAAGAAGAAGGCCGACGCACUCGCCAAAAAAGGUGAUGAGAAGCAUGAGGCAAAACCAAAGGAUGCGAAGCAGGAGGCGAAGCCUAGAGAGAGUGAAGCUGCCUCUUCGAAGCAUGUGAAGGCCAGCAAGGGUGAAGGAUGCAGUAAAGAGGUGAAGACGGCAGCCAAGAAGCAAGAUGAGAAGAAAGCAAAGGUGAAGCCAACUGAAAGCGCAGCCGAACCUUCAAAGAAAGAAGCCAGCAAGAGCCCGGCAAAGAAGGAUGACAAGAAAGACAAGCAGGAAAAACAAAAGGAAAAGAAGCCACAGGAAGAUGAGGCUAGACCCAAGAACAACAACACACAAGCAAGCACAGACCCCGCAAGCAAGAAGGAUGAGAAGAGCCAGGGCAAGAAGCCCAAGGAGCAUGAAGUUCCGAAGAAAGAUGCGCAGGUGGUUGCAGCUGCAUCCGUGAAGAGCGCGAAGAAAGCUGAGGGUAAAGAUGCGAAGACAAAGGGUUCCAAGUUGGAAGACGAGGGGUCCACAUCUUCAAAGAAAGGUGCGACUGUGAGCAAGCAAGAAGGAAGCCAGCAGGAGGAGGCGAAGCCUAAGGAGAGUGAAGUUGAAUCUUCGAAGCAUGUGAAGGCCAGCAAGAGUGAAGGAUGCAGUAAAGAGGUGAAGACGGCAGCCAACAAGCAAGACGAGAAGAAAGCAAAGGUGAAGCCUACUGAAAGCGCAGCCGAACCUUCAAAGAAAGAAGCCAGCAAGAGCCCGGCAAAGAAGGAUGACAAGAAAGACAAGCAGGAAAAGCAAAAGGAAGAGAAGCCAAAGGAAGAUGAGGCUAGACCCAAGAACAACAACACACAAGCAAGCACAGACCCCGCAAGCAAGAAGGAUGAGAAAAGCCAGGGCAAGAAGCCCAAGGAGAAUGAAGUUCCGAAGAAAGAUGCGCAGGCCAGUAAGAGUGCAGGAAGCAAAACGUUGAAGGAGAAAAAGAAAGAGGAAAAAAAUCAGGUGGUUGCAGCUGCAUCCGUGAAGAGCGCGAAGAAAGCUGAGGGUAAAGAUGCGAAGACAAAGGGUUCCAAGUUGGAAGACGAGGGGUCCACAUCUUCAAAGAAAGGUGCGACUGUGAGCAAGCAAGAAGGAAGCCAGCAGGAGGAGGCGAAGCCCAAGGAGAGUGAAGUUGAAUCUUCGAAGCAUGUGAAGGCCAGCAAGAGUGAAGGAUGCAGUAAAGAGGUGAAGACGGCAGCCAACAAGCAAGACGAGAAGAAAGCAAAGGUGAAGCCUACUGAAAGCGCAGCCGAACCUUCAAAGAAAGAAGCCAGCAAGAGCCCGGCAAAGAAGGAUGACAAGAAAGACAAGCAGGAAAAGCAAAAGGAAAAGAAACCAAAGGAAGAUGAGGCUAGACCCAAGAACAACAACACACAAGCAAGCACAGACCCCGCAAGCAAGAAGGAUGAGAAAAGCCAGGGCAAGAAGCCCAAGGAGAAUGAAGUUCCGAAGAAAGAUGCGCAGGCCAGUAAGAAGCAAGGAAGUGAGAAUGAGUCGCCCGAGCAGAGAGCUGCGAAUAAGUUGAAGAAGAAGCAAGAGAAGGAGGAAAGCGAGGUGGCUUUGGAGCCAAUUGUCCCACGGAAGAGAGAUACAGUAGCAGAUUCGACAGGCACGCCUGAAAGGCCGUUGAAGAGAAGCAAUCAAGGUCAAGAGCAAACAGGCAGGAGGGACAAGAGAAAGGCCGAGGAAGUUGCUGCAGGCAGAGAAGGAAAAAGAACCAGGACGCAGGACAGCCUGGGUGGUGCGGAACUCUUGACGGAGCGAACUGACACUCUCUCGAGCUUUGACCUGAGCUCACCGACGCGGGCCUCGUCGAUUGCACCCGCACUAGAUGCCCUGUCGGCGCUGGAAGGUGAUGACGGCGAUGCUUCACCUACAGAAAGCCCGAAGGAGAAAGUUGGGAGAGUGGCCCGCCGAAAGGAUCUUUCUGAAGCCGAACGACAACAAAUCGCUGAUAUGACCCACCCGAGCCAGAUGCCGUACAAAGAACGGAAGAGACAAUAUGCAGCUCUCCGAAGAGCAAUUUUCAAAGAUGCUCCACCAGGACUGGUUGCGAAGUUCAGUCUUUGUGGGGACAAAGAGCGAUUUGGAAUGCUGAAGUCGUGGUUGGCAUCUGGGGGAGAUCUAGGGAGCAUCGAUGUCGAAGAGCGAUAUGAAUCUUGGGUGUCCAGUCUUCGCACUGACCGUUACGUCACAGUCACAGAAAUGCAGCUGGAAAAAAUUUACGGGAAAUCCAAAGAAUCCCGCGAGUUCAUUGCCACACUCAUUGCGGGCCAGCGGGGGACUCCCCACCCCCAGGCGCCCAAUCUGAAGAAAGCAAGACUCUAUAAGGUCUUGCGCGAAGUUGUUCAUGAAGACUCACAGGGCACUGGUUCAAAGACUCGUGCUACGCUGUCAGGCCGCGUCCGUGACAGUGGGGCCAAGGAGGUUCUGAAAAAGCAAUUGGCAGGACUGACGGAUAGCAUGCCAGAGUUUUUGGACCUAAAGACAGGCCGACUGGCCAGCAAGAAGGUUAAAAAGGAAAAGACACCAGAGGAGGAAUGUAUGGCAAAUGUGAAAAAAAUGCUCAAAAAGUGGAAGGCUGUGAACAAUGAGCUCUAUUCGUCUAUGCAGGGUUUGGACGACUAUGGGGUCCGAAAUUGCGCUGAGCUGGUGUCUCGCUUGCACCUGGGUUAA